UUGAUAUUAGGCCCAUUCGAUUAUAAAUUGUAUCGCAAAUCGCUCUCUCCAAACAACACUCGAAACCUCCAUCCUUCUCCUUCCUCUUCCUCCUCUUCAGUGUAGUCAAGACUUUUUGUGGCGCAGACUCAGAGACUCUGAAGACUCUCUCACGGGAAUGGCCAGAAAUUUCGGAUUUCUGGUUCUGAUACUAUCUAUAAUAUUUGUAUGCGAAGCUGCGAUUUUUCAUCCGAUCUCUGAAUCUCACCGAUCUGCUGCAUUAGAGGUUUUCACGCCACUCGAUGGAUCCUUUGGAAGCUUAGAAGAAGCAUCUGAAGGUUUAAGAACAUUUGAGAUUCUUGGAAUUGGGAACGAGCUUAACAUAAGGGAUUCUACUUGUCCCUCUGUGGUGGAGACUCUUGGGUCUUCGUCUUCAAGUUUAAAGGAUCUGUUCUAUGCACUGAGAGUCAACAAGCUAUUAAAAUGCGAGAUUAAUGAGGAAAUCUUUGCGGGCAUUGCUGCAAGACUUAAAGUAUCUGUCCAUGAAGCAAAUUCAUUACUCGACUUCUACUAUUCCGUAGGAAGUUUGAGGCUUAUUAAGGAUCAAACUUCUGAAGUUGAUGCGUUUCUCGUUGAUGCUGAUGGAAUUUUCAAAUCCAUAAAGGCACUCAGCCAAAGUGAUGGAAGGUGGCGCUAUAGUUCAAACAACCCUGCAUCGAGUACUUAUGCUGCUGGAUUAGCACUUGAAACACUUGCUGGAGUUGUCUCAUUAGCAACUUCUGGGAUUGAUCAAUCUCUGAUUGGAACGCUAAAAAAUGAUAUAGUGAAGCUUUUUGACAGUGCUGAGAAAUAUGAUGAUGGGGCCUACUACUUUGAUGAGAAACUUGUUGAUGCACCUGAACAUCAGGGUCCUCUUUCAGCUACUUCAUCAGUAGUUCGUGGGCUGACAGCUUUUCCAACAUCUACUUCUGAAAGUUUAGAUCUGCCAGGGGCCAAAAUAUUGGGUUUGGCAAAAUUUUUUCUUGGCAUUGGAAUUCCGGGCAAUGCCAAAGACUUCUAUAACCAAAUUGAUGCAUUAGCUUGCUUGGAAAGCAAUCGGGUUUCCAUUCCUCUGAUUUUAUCUCUUCCAGCUACGGUGCUGUCACUGACUAGAAAAGACCGGCUCAAGGUUAGGGUGAAUACUGUACUGGGAUCUGCAGCGCCGUCUCUAUCAGUAAAACUCAAGCAAGCUUUCAGUUCUGGUUCAAAGGAUGCUUCUAUAAUUGAGAGCCAGGAACUCAAGUUUGAUCAAGAAAAUGAUGUCCAUUUCUUGGAUGCAUGGCCAAAGAGUGUUGACGUAGGCAAUUAUGUUUUUGUAUUUGAGAUUGUGCUACAAGAUUCGGAGCAUAAGAAAAUUUAUGCCACUGGAGGCCGAACAAAAGUACCAAUAUAUGUCACUGGAGUUAUCAAAGUUGACAAUGCAGAAAUUGCAGUACUGGACAGUGAUAUUGGGAGCAUAGAAUCUCAGAAGAAGCUAGAUUUAGCUAGAGAGACUGCUCUUUCGUUAUCAGCAAACCAUCUACAAAAGCUGCGUUUAUCAUUUCAAUUGACCACUCCACUUGGGCAUCCAUUUAAACCACAUCAGGCUUUUCUCAAGUUGAAACAUGAGACUAAAGUUGAGCACAUCUUCGUCUUGGGGAACUCUGGUAAACAGUUUGAGAUAACACUAGAUUUUCUUGGACUGGUUGAGAAGUUUUUCUAUCUUUCCGGUAGAUAUGAUAUUCAACUUACUGUUGGUGAUGCUGUCAUGGAGAACUCUUACUUACGAGAACUGGGACAUAUUGAAUUAGAUCUUCCAGAACCACCUGAGAAGGCUACCCGCCCUCCUCCACAAGCUGUUGAUCCUUAUUUGAGAUGUGGACCCAAAGCUGAGAUAACUCAUAUCUUCAGGUCUCCAGAAAAGGGUCCACCUCAGGAGCUCUCUCUUACCUUUUUGGCCCUUGUUCUCUUGCCAUUCCUUGGAUUCUUGGUUGGGCUAUUGCGUCUGGGCGUGAACCUGAAGAACUUCCCUACAUCAACAGUACCUGCCACAUUUGCCAUUUUGUUCCAUGUUGGCAUUGGGGCAGUUCUCUCGCUCUAUGUGCUUUUCUGGUUAAAGUUGGAUUUAUUCACAACGUUGAAAGCGCUUGGUUUCUUGGGGAUCUUCUUGAUGUUUGUUGGACACAGGACCCUUUCUCACCUUGCCUCAACAUCAGCCAAGUUGAAAUCUGCCUGAGGAAAUGAGAGUUUGUGGAGAGUUUGUGCUUGCAAGGACAACAUUCCUCCCUCCCCCCUAAAGAGAGAUGUGGUUGGUCAUCUUAAUUCAAUUUUGUUGUAGGAUGCUAACUGUUCAGUGAAGUUUAGCACACACAAUCACAUUGAAUGAAAACACACAUCCACUCCGUUCUUUGCUUUCUAUCCAUGAUGAGGACGAACCAUCCUUACAGGUUUUUAGAGAAUAGCAUUAAGGAUAGUGGCCCCUAUAACGAACUUGUUAUAUUCACUUUGGUGACUUGUUGAAUCUUGUUUCUCACGAGUUGCUUGAACUUGUUGCUUGAGAAAUUUUGCCUUGAAUUUAUUUAGGAACAGUAUGUUAAAAGAACGAUAAAUGAUGGAAUAGCAGCUCGUGUAGAGUUAAUAAGAUUGUAGUGAUGGUGUGUAGUUACUUUGGGCAAUUUGACUAUGCUUUUGCUUCACCAAGAAGACCCCCACUCAAUUAUUUUAAUGAUCAUGACUAUGGCUUUAUAAAACA